UUGCGAUAGAGUGCCGAGUCGCGCCAGUGAUACGUCACGCAGGCGCCGCUCGCUGAAGGCUUUCCCCGCCCAUCCGGCCCCGUUCUGUCUUUCCGGACGUGGUGGAACAGAAGGCGCCAUCAUGGGAGUCGACAUCCGCCACAACAAAGACCGAAAGGUUCGGCGCAAGGAGCCCAAGAGCCAGGACAUCUACCUAAGGCUGUUGGUCAAGCUCUACAGAUUUCUGGCCAGACGAACCAACUCCACCUUCAACCAAGUGGUGCUGAAGAGGUUGUUCAUGAGUCGCACCAACCGGCCGCCUCUGUCCCUUUCCCGGAUGAUCCGGAAGAUGAAGCUUCCUGGCCGCGAGGGCAAAACCGCUGUGGUUGUAGGGACUAUAACUGAUGACGUGCGUGUCCAGGAGGUGCCCAAACUGAAGGUGUGUGCACUUCGUGUGAGCAGCCGCGCCCGGAGCCGCAUCCUCAAGGCCGGGGGCAAGAUCCUCACCUUCGACCAGCUGGCCCUGGACUCCCCCAAGGGCUGCGGCACUGUCUUGCUUUCCGGUCCUCGCAAGGGCCGCGAGGUGUACAGGCAUUUUGGCAAGGCCCCAGGAACCCCUCACAGCCACACCAAACCCUACGUCCGAUCCAAGGGCAGGAAGUUCGAGCGCGCAAGAGGCCGGCGGGCCAGCCGUGGCUACAAAAACUAACCCCCGAUCCUACCUUGUUAUUAAAAAGAUUUUGGAUGCUAAAAAAAAAAAAAA